AACCACAAAACAGGCUAACCUUUGUUUAGCUACAUUUCCGAAACCGUACGUUAAAAAAUAACGAGAAAUUGAACCGAAAAAUGCUUAGUCAUUGAUAUAUAAUCUGUUGCUUUUCAAAUCGCAACUCGUCAAAGACAAGAGGACACAAUGGAGAACCGGGAGCAGACGGAGUGGGGCGCCGUGAACCGGCUGCUGCGGCGUCACGGAUUCGGCGCCGUUCGCUUCGCGGAUCCGACCGAGAACAAGAACCUGGCAGACCUGGUGCUUUUGGAGAAGGAGACCUCGGCUGAGCUGCGCGCCACGCUCAGCAGCAUGCUGGCGGACUCGGAGAGGAGGCAGGCGCUCAUCCAGGAGCUCCUCCAGUCCAACGGCCGACUGAAGGAGGAAGUGGAACAGCAGCAGGUUCGGGCGACACGGCAUUGUCAGAGAGCGGUGGAACUGGAGCGCACACUAGCCGAGGUCAAGGUCAAGGUUCAGAGCUUGGAGGACUCGUUCAUCAGCAAAGCAGCCCAGCAGCAUAGCCAGCUCGAGCAGCAAAAGCAGGACAAGGCAGACGCGGAGAAGCGCUGCCAGAGCCUGCAGCAGCAGCUGAGUGAGCAGAAGGAGCAGCUGUCUCAGGUGCAGAAGAAGCUCCACCACGCCGUGACCCAGGAGGAGAAGCGCAUCUCCCGCCAGACUCGCGCCUUCCAGCGGCUCCAGGGCCGGCCCCCCGGGCCCCACUCCCCCUCCGACCAGCUAAUCCUGGAUGUCAUUGAUAUUUAUGAAUCCCAAAUGCAGCAGUUGCAGAACAAACUUAAGAGCUGUCAGAGGAAGAGGUCAUGUGAGAAUGACUCCUCAGAUGUCCAGACGACCACCCAAGAGACCAACACUGACACCUCCACCUCUUCCCUGGCCUCCUCCAGCUAUAAGGCCCUGCUCAAGUCCUACCAGGAGCAGCUGAGAAAGACCAAGGCUCAGCGGGAAGAUCUGAAGGCUGAAAUCCAGCGCCUCAAACAAGACCUGGAGUCUAGGCCCACUCUUAAGGAACUGAAGUCCUGCAAACGGCAGCUGAGACAAAUGGACCGGCUCAUCCAGCAGAGCUGUGUCAGGCCAGGCCAGACACCGACGGCAGAGGAGUCUGUGGUAUCGAGCACAGAGCAGCAGCACAUCACUGACUGUCAGACAUACCUCAAGGAGAUCUGCUUGGAGCUGAAGGUGUGUGAUGUUAAUCAUGUCGUGUCUGCUGUUAAAGCUCGCUGCAAAGAGGCAGAUGCUACCCUUGCACUCGAGAAGAUCAUUAGUGACAUCACUGCCAUCUUGACCAAUCUAAGGGCCCCUCUAGGGUUGCUCAGGCAGCCUGUGGUUGGACAAGGCCUCAGAGACCACAGCCAGCAAUGGGAGCUAGAGUGGAUUCUCCCAACGCUGGAAUUCUGGAGUCAACAACUCAUCUGUCUUCCAGAUCUUCACCGUUCUCUGGGCAGACUGGUGAAAAGGCUGUUGCCAUGGCAGCCAGAGGACACAGUGAGCAGCCAGUGUGAGAGCGUGAAGGUGGAAGACCUGAUGCUGCUAGUGGAGACACUGCUGGAAGAGACGUUGCCUGGUGACGGGGUCCUACGUAGUCCAACCAGACACACACUGGAGGCCAUGGUGUCUCACUUUCAGAAGCUGUUUGAUGCCCCCAGCCUGAGUGGCGUGUACCCUCGCAUGAACGAGGUCUAUACCAGACUCGGGGAGAUGACCAAUGCCAUGAGGAACCUCAAGGAUGUUCUGGAUAUGGAUGAGAGAGCACCCCCUAGUGAGGUUGUCAAUGCAGUGGCCAGAAUUGUAUCUUCUGCUGAGGCUUUUUCUGGCCAGCACUUGCACGACCUGCUGGGAACCAGUGACAUUGACAGCAUUAUUGUGAAGCUGAAGGAACAUGAAGAAUUCUUUCCUGCCUUCCACACAUUGGUCGUGGAGCUGCUGCAGACACUGGAUGCUGAGAGCCUUGAUGACAUUGUACCGGUAGUGAAGUCUCUGAAAUCGCUGGCAGAAUGACAUUUUAAUAGACAUUUUAAUGGGAACCUUUUUGUGUGGACUUAUUUGGUUUGAUUUAUUUUACCAUUAACCUGUUUGUAAGCUUUCAUAAAUUAAAUGCUGACUUUCGUUUCUUUUAACAGUGGUGUGGAUUAACGGUCCCUGUUCACACCAGUCUGGCUAAAGGGGUACAUUACCUAAUGUUACUUGUAGUGCCCAAUGAAGGAAAAAAAAUGAACACUUUAUGGUCCACAAUGAUAACAAACCCCUAUUUUCAUAAUUACCAGUGUCCAUAUCUUAAAUAAUUUAUUACAGUCCUCACACUGUCA